AUGCGAUUGGAUAUUGGGAAUAUUCAUGAUUGGUUCCAUAAUCCAGUUAGGGACGAUAAAGAAAUCAUAUGGUACCCAAGGAACUUCACAAUUCCACAAACUGGCGAUCACACGUUGGACAUCAACAAUCCUGCUUUAUAUCAACUGACACUCGGUCUUUAUGUUAUCGGUUACAAGGAAGCUCGUGACGAUGCAAUCAAAAAAUUUCGACCUGUUCAUAGAGUACUAGCAAGGUGA